GAACGAUUGGUCAUGAUGUAGGUAAUAAAAGAGUUCUCCAAUCAGCAAGUAUAACAGGAACAAAUGAAAUGUAAGAUACAGUUGAAAUGUUUUUAUAUAUAAUACAAUGUUAACAUAUUAUAUUUUAACUUUUACCUUUUAUCAACAAUUUUUUCAAUAAGUAUACACAACUGAUUCAUAAGUUCAAGUAAAAUUACUUAUUUAUCGGUCCAAUAAAAAUAUUGAAACCGGCUUUCAAAGAAACGUUUUCAAACCAUAACGGAUGCGGUGUUAUAACAACUUUUUUAUCGGUAAUAAACUCUAGCUUAAUUUUGAGUUUAAGUAAUUAUUAUUGUUGCAUUAUGCUAAUUAAAUAAUACAAUCGAAGAAUAAAGAUUGAAUAUUUUUCAUCAGUUCAAAAUGUUAUUCUAUUCAUUCUUUAAAUCUUUAAUUGGGAAGGACGUGGUUGUAGAAUUGAAGAAUGAUUUAAGUAUUUGUGGCACUCUGCAUUCUGUUGAUCAAUAUCUUAACAUAAAGUUAACAGAUAUAAGUGUAACCGAUCCUGAUAAAUAUCCUCACAUGUUGUCCGUGAAAAAUUGUUUUAUUCGUGGAUCAGUGGUACGUUAUGUACAAUUACCAGGAGAUGAAGUGGAUACCCAGUUAUUGCAAGAUGCUGCACGUAAAGAAGCAGCAGUUCAAGCAAGAUAGUUUAUAGCAUUAUUAGAUUUAAAAAUCGUUUAUUAUAUAUUAUUAAAAUCAAUGAUAAUAUAUAGUAAGUAUACAAAUUAUAAAUUUGUGUAAGUUUAUAUUAAUGUAAUGUUAUAGAUACAUUAUAUCAUAUAAAGAACAGGAAUGUUACAAAGAACACGUGUAACCACAGGAAUACAAAAUAAUGUUAUGUAUUAUUUAUAAAUGUUUUGAUACAAAUAAUAAGUGUAUAAAAAUAUAAAUAUAUACAUUUAUAUAUA